CAAUUAUUGACAUUUAGCUUUAUUUAUAAGUUAAACGUGUACGUCGAUUAUAAUACCAAGUUUAUAGUGCUAAUAUAAUAUAAAAUAUUUUCAAAUCAGUGGCCCCCACGAUGGCUACUACAGCGGAUAUUGAAAUUUCUAGAAAAUUAUCCAUACUCUCAGUUCUUAGUAAUAAAUUUGCAGAAGAACGAAAAGUAUCUCAUAAACAUGACAAUGCAAAAGGACCAAAAGAUUUUAUGUUUGCAGUACACAUCGCCUGUUUUUUUGUUGGAUUUAUGAAUGUUAUGCCAAUGGUAUUUUUUAGUACAGCAAAUUCUUAUUGGAUGUACAAAUUUAGAAAUGUAACGCAAGGAGAUGAAAUAACACAAGGACAAGAUCGAACUAGAUUGCAGGUAUAUUUCCAGCCUGCACUCAUGGCUGGUGGUACAAUACCAUCGGUAAUUUGUACAAUACUGUGGACAUUUUAUGGUCACAAAAUAGCAUCCAUGUUAAGAAGUCUGGCUGCGUUAGUGUUACUUGGUUUAGUGUUUGCCAUAUUUGCAAUAUUCACUCAAAUUAACACAGAUUCAUGGCAAACUGGAUUUUUUGCGCUAACUGUAAUUUUGUUAAUGAUGAAUAGUGCUGGAGUAGCAACGUUUCAAAUGUCAUCAGUUAUAUUAAUUGCUAAAUUACCUCCAAGCUAUAUGUUCUGCUACCUUAUUGGUCAAAAUGGAACAGUUCUGACUACUAGCUUACAGCUCGUUGCGGUGGCUGUUACCAACAACAGCAUCACAUCCGGAUUAAUUUAUUUUACUGCAGGAACCACGCUUAUAACAAUCUCGUUAAUGUUUGUUAUGAUUGCGAGGAGAUCACAUGUUUUUAGAUACUACGAGGUUGAAAAUAUAAAAGAUAAACAUGCUGAACACAUCAAAUUUGACGAAAUGAAAAAGUUGAUAGUGCAACUUUGGCCUGUCCUGGUAGUUAUUGGAAUUUUGUUCUUCACGUUGAGUUUCGUCCAUCCUUCGAUCACAACCUUAGUGGAAUCUGAAUAUGCAUACGAAAAGACUGCAUGGACACAAAAAUUUUUUACACCAACGCUUGUUUUUCUACUAGCAGAAGUUGCAUCCAUAGUAGGAAGAUUGUUAUCUCACAAAUUUUUAAUUACGCAUUCAAAUAAAUGGUGGUACAUACUGUGCUUGUUAGUAAGACUGAUUUGCACACCGUUUUACUUGUUCUGUAAUGCACAACCAAGAACACACUUACCCGUUAUCUUCGAUCAUGAUUGGGAGUUUGUUUUAGGACAUAUAAUAUUAAGUUCGUCCACAGGAUUUCUGAUGCAUGUUGGCUUUAUGAGUGUCAGAUCGUUGGCAGAAGGCAAGACAGAAGUUGGCUUAAAAAUAGUUACUUUAACACUAUCUUUGGUAAGCGCAGCAUCAACUUUUAAUGGAUUCCUUACAGUCAUGCUGCUUUAAAGAUGAAUCUGAAAUAUUGGUAUUCACACUAAUAUGAAUUAUAAAUAAAUUAAAACGGUACACUUCAAACGUCACAAAUCGAGUACAUCAUUCGUUAAUUAAAAAUAAGUGUGUCUAUAUUUUUGUAAAUAAAAUUGUUUUUUUAAUAAAUAUCUAUGUUUUUUA